GGCCAUGAGUGCUGGGCCCAAGCUGAUUGAUGACAACGGGAAAGUGAUUUUUGCUUAUGCAGAGGCGAGGUUUACAUUUUUAAAUUUUAAAAGUAAUUCGUAAACAUUGGUAACUAAUUUGUCUUUGUUUUUGUUUGUUAUCAAUGUGAUAAUACACGACUGCGCGUGGAUAGCAUUAUUUAUAUAUGGUAGACAACUUUUGUGAUCAUGAGAAGUACAAUAGCAAUAAAAUGAAAAAUUCACUAGAAAAAAUAUUAGAAGGGAAUUUAUCCUUCCUUAAUGAGUUCUACCAAGAAAUAUGUGAAUGGGAGGCAGAUGAGUACUGUUCUGAAGAUUUUAUUUUAAAUACAUGGACUUCGGCCCAGGCAGGCCUUUUGGAAUGGGAUAAGUUGUAUCGUUCAUUGGUGGUUAGCAGAAAUGCUAACUUAUUGAAUAUGUUUAUGAAACUAAGUAAAAGGAAGUUUCAUUUGGUACCCAGUGAUGCAUAUUCACUAUACGAUUUUACUGUUUUUUUCAAAAAACACUGGCUUAAAGAAGUAAUAGAUAACUAUGACUAUAAUGAUGUAUUUCCUGUGAAAGUGAUGGAUAAGAUUGGUUGUUUAAAACUGAUUCAGACCAGCAAUCGUUUAAAUUAUGACUUCAGUAGUUCAAACCUACGAGCAAUAUUGAAUAAAGUAAAACUCUCCAAUCUGGAUGAGUUCUUCAUAUUUUAUGUUAAAGAAGUCAGGUGUUUACUUGAAGUUGUAGAUUAUUGUAAAAACCUUGAUCCUAACUUGCUUGAAUCUAGAAUUUUUGAAUUUUCAAGUAGGCAUUCAAUGCUGGAUGUAUUAUCACAUUACCUGGAUAUAGAACAAAUAAAUUCAGAACAAAUGCUUGCAGAGUUUGAUAUCUGUAAUGAACUGUUAGAUUAUGAUAUUAAUGAUCAGAAAAAGGAGCUUUUCUGCUUCUCAAUUUUAACAGCCAUGUUUAAUAUUAUAACUUACUCUGGUAAUGUAAAAGAGGCUGUGAAUCACAGGCUGAAUGAAAUAAAAACAAGACUUCUACAAAUUGAAAAUAAAGAUCUUCAAUUGGAGAUGUUGGAAAAUAUUUUUGCUAUGAUAUUUUUAACUAAACAAUGCAUAAAAACAUCUGAUUGGGACAAAUGUGAUGAAACUGAAUUCCAAAUCUGCCAUGAAAAUGAAGUUAGGAUUGUACUGUUUUUAGUGAAAUCUGUAAUAGAUGUGCUGCAGUUACAAAAAGUUUAUAGCAAAGCUCAACUCGAGCAGGUUCAGAGGUUUAAAGAUUUUAACAAGUGUGUUUCCGAUGCAAUGUGGAGAUUUCAGCUGAUUUCUAAGCUUGAUAAGAAAACUAAAAAGGGAAAGGGUUUCUUAAACUACUUGCUGGCUCCUCCAGAAAGUUUGAUUUAUAUGUGCUUGAAGAAGGGGAACAUUGAAGGUGCAUAUCAGGUUUUAAAGAUUUUUAAUCUUGAAUCAUCUUUUAUAUCCAAUGAACUAGACUUCACUUCAGAGCUUCAAAAUUUGAAGGCGGAUUUAAGAAAAGUAUCAAAAAUGAAGUCCAUUCAGAAAUCCAACACAGAGGCCCCAAAUAUGAUCAUUAAAGCGGAAAUUGAUGAAAUAGUGUUAAAAUUUUUCAGUACUUUUCCCAUCAUCCAUUAUGAAUCUUCAGAAGAAGCAACUGAGAUUGAGGAUGCCGAUUUGCAAAGAGACCAAAAACUUUUUAUGAAUGUAUUUGAUCUUUCUUUUACUUAUUUACAAAAUCCUGAAGAUUCUUUGAUUUUGCUUCAGUUGGCUUCUAACUUUAACACAGUUUCCAAUGAAUCAAGGUAUGGUAAUUUCACAAAAUCAAUAUUUCAAUUGUGCAGUGAACUCUGCAUCAAGCUGCACCUCACCCUGCCUCAGAUUCUUUCGAAAUCAAACAUUCCGCUUGAUAUAGACAAUUAUAGAAAAAAUGAUUCACUUGGCAAAAGCUUAAUGGAAGCUAUUGACCAAUUUACAAACAAUUUGGCCAUCAAUGAGAGUGGAGAUUUUAACAGCAAUCAUCCUAGUCAUAAGUCAUUAUUAAACCUCAAUGGCAUAUGCAAUGAGAUUGUAGAAAAACCAGAUAAUAUCAAAUAUCUACAGAAAUUCUACAAUUAUUUAAAAGCUUUUUCAAAAAUUCUUUAUAUCGAUAAAGACUGCUCCGACAUCGUGUCUAAAGGAAGGAACACAUCAUUUUUUGAACUACUUGCACAUAAUCGGUCGGAACUCAUGGGUAAAUUGUUAUUCGAACGUGAUCUGGAUCCAUCCGAGUUUGAGAGGUACUUUAAACUACUCAAAUUGGAUUAUCUCUACCACAUCACUGGAAAUUGUUUCCCAACAGUAAAUUUGUAUUUUCACGAAGAUAUUUCACAAGAAGAGCUCUAUCCGGAGAAUAGGUUAUAUUUGCCCAGUGAAGCCGUCAUAACAUACAUUCAGAAGAGAAACUGGUUUUUGGCCUUUAUAUUAAAAGAAAUGUGUAGAAUAGAAAACGUGGAGAUUGAAGUGGACACUAGAAUUUCCACUUUCUUGAAUUAUCUCAAAUUACCGAAAAUUAGAUACCUGAAAGCUAUAUUCAAUCACAAUGAUAUAUUAGCAAGCUUGCAAAGAUGUAUCAGUUAUCAGACCUUAACUGAAUAUAUAAACAAACAGAUUGGUAAAUGUGAUGUUACGUCAUUAAACGGCAGUCCAUUAAAUAGCAGUUUCGAAGUAGGCAAAGAAAUAUUGGAAGAAGAUAUUCAUAUAGACACAGAUUGGGAUGUAUUGUGUGGCUUGGUUGACAUUAUUUCGGAAAAUCAUUUUGGUAACUUUGAUGAUCUAUCUGACAGAGUAUUAAUUAAUUUAUUGAAUUACACAUCAGAGCCCCAAUAUUUGAGAUAUAUAAUGAAUAUUCACGAUGUAAACAAACGAAUUGACCUUAUUAUGGAGAAUAUUGGAAACUGGCCCUUGAACUUUUCUAUCAAAUGCUUAAAAUGUGAAUUAUCCAGAUUUCAAAGUAAUUUUACAUUUGAUCAGAUUGGGAAAAUCAAAACAUCUUGUAACCAAGUAUCAUUUUACAAAAAGAUUAUGGAUUUACUGCAUCUUGGAACAUGGGUGGAUGUUUUCCAGUUGUGUACUCAAGACCCUGUUCAGGUUAUUAAAAGGCUUCUGGAAAUUAGAAAGAUAGAGUGCCUGAUAGAGUUUAUUGAAUUACAUCCUUUGGACGAAGCUGUAUUGCAUAACAUUACAGAGUGUGACGUCCAUUCGCUUUUCACUUCAGACGUAGAAUAUAAUCUAAUAGAAUCUUUUUUGAAUAAAUUGCCACUCCAGCAUACACACAAUUUGGGAUGUAAACUGCUAUCUUCCUUAAAUAAUUUAAAACAUAUCGAAUUUCUGGUGAAAUAUUUGGCAAGCAAUGUCGAAGACGAGUGGCUUCAAAAUGUCAAAAUUAGUUUAAAAAUGUUGUCCGCUUUUCCUUCAAAUGAAUUGGAUCCAUUUUUCCACCUUUUGGGCGAUCCUCUGGCCAUCAUAGAAGUGCUCAUAAUGAACACAAAAUUGGAGAAACUCAACGGGGUGUUAAAAGUCAUUAAGCCGGUAAUUCAGAAUCAGGAGUACAAAGCCUCCAACAUAUCGGCUGAGAAAAUCGACGAACUUAUACGAUUUUAUGCCGAGAAGAGUUUAGAUUUUAAUGUCGUUUUGAAUAGUCUGCCUCAUAAAUUAAGGAAGUUUUCAGAAAACAAAUUGAUGCAGUCGCUGGAUUCUUUAUUGGACGAAUCUCUUAAUAAAGGGUUUGUUAUGCCAGAUGAAGUCCCAUCAAAAUCCGAAUGGGUGGAAGAUAAUGCUGUGAUUGAAUGCAUGUGUUGCUCCAAUAUUACUUUUUCCAUGUUCAACAGACGACACCACUGCAGGCGGUGCGGUCGGGUGAUCUGCUAUACUUGUUCCUCAAAGAGAAUGAUGGUUCCAACUUACGGUGAUAUAUUAGUCAAAGUGUGCAGUGACUGUUACGCGCAAACGUAUAGGAUUGAGUCAGAGGUAAGCGAAACGGUCUCGUCGAAAUCUUUACCGGCUGAUAUUUGGACGCUUACAUCUGAUCCGCAAUACAACAAAAUUGUGAGAGAAGAGUUCUCAUAUGAACAUACCCCAAACGUGUUCUUAUGCUUGUCUUUGAUGAAAUUUCAUUCCAUGUGUGAAGAAUAUCCGAAGUUUCUGCUGGAAAAAUGCGAAAACAUACUUCAGUUGUUGUAUUCGUGGCAAGAAGCUGUUAAAGAGAUCGAUCACGCCCUAAUCAUUAAAAUGUUGAAGUUAAUGGCUAUUGCUGUAAAAAUGUCUUCCCACGAUUGCAACCUCCAGUUGGGAUCAUCGUUGGUGAACAAAAUUAUAUCGCAAGCGGAUUUAUUAGAUCUUUUGGCGAAAAGGGGUUGCAUGAAUUUAUUACCGACAUCGAAGAACUCGCCAUAUAUAGACGCUUUGGCAAUUAGGAAGUUGAGAGAUAAGUUGUUAGAAAAGGAACAGUGGAACUUGGCUUUGGAGGUUUCGACUAAAGCUGGUUUGGAAACUACUGGCGUAUUCGUGGCAUGGGGCAAAAGUUGUAUGAAAGCGGGGAGCCUUUUGUUGGCAAGAGAAAAAUUCGGAAAGUGCUUGGACAAGGCGGUGUUGGAUGGUGGACGCGAGUCAUCCUUUUCCGAAUUAGAAAAAAGCUCUGCGAGUGAAUACAAGAGAACCAAGAAAGACAGCAUCACUCUAUACGAUAAACCGCUGAAAAACCCCCCAUUGUUGAAUGAAAUUGUCAAGAUCCUAGAAUCGAAAACGGAAUUGCUCAACGAAUGUGUGCUCAAGCAGUGCGGUUCCAAAAGAGGAGCAUCUUUUUCGAGUCAACCCGAAACGCCUUUGUUCAUUUUGACCAAGUUAAACAACCUUCAAAACGUGGCCAACGGGAAAUACUCAGAAAAGAAGCCGCACCGAUUGCAAACGUCCAACAAACCGGCCAUCGAUGACUUUUUAUAUAACGAGUGUUUGUAUUAUUUGAAUCGAUAUGGCAGUCACUUGAGUAUCGUCGAGUUUCAUAUCCGGCACGGACAUUUCGAAGAGGCGCUCAACUACAUUGUUUCUUGUAAAUUGGGUCCGGACAUAUUCGCCGAAAUAUACACUAGGUGUUUGAAGGAUGGUGUGGUGGAAAUUCUGCAAACGAAUAUGUCCAAGAUUGACUCUAGUUUGGAACUUUGGAAGGAGCAUCUCAAUCAUAUUUGUUUCUAUUUGGAAAAACAAAACAUGCUGAACUCCCUAUAUCAACUGCAACUCUAUAUGGGCGAUUAUAUGCGAGCUGCCGUCUCCUGUAUCAGAUUUUACGAAAGCGACUCCAAUCGUUUUUUAGACUUGCAGCAAAACGCUGGUUUUCUAAAGAGAGCCGAAAACCAUUUGAAACAGGUACUGGAGCAAGAGCAGUGGGUCAACGUGACGCCGGAGUUUGAAGAGAAAAGCAUCUUAAAUCCCACUCUAGUCAUGAAAAUUGAUGUAAAAGAUGUACACAGGCACAUAAGAACCAUUAGAAUCGAAAAUGUGGUUGUGAAUUUUUUAGCAAAUUGCGAGACAUGCAAUAUAAGCAGUCCCAUGAAACUAUUGUCCAAGUUGCGACCAUCGCCAGAUAAAGAUUCGACACACAGUAAAAAAUCCAAUAUCCCAACAUUAUUUGGGUCUAAUUUAGAAAAGAAGCAUCUCACUUGUUUGUGCAUUGUUUGUGGCAAAACAAUAAGAGAAGGGUUCGAUAUUGCACUGAGAAUCAUUAAAGAAUUUAAGCUCAAUCCUGUGAGAGUGUAUAAUGAAUCGGGAAAGUUGCUGGCGCAAGUGGGCCGUUACGGUGAUAUUGCGGAAUUAGUUACCUGUAUUAAAGAGACUGAGACUAACAAUGAAAUAGUGUUGGACAUGUGCGACGAGAUGCUCACUUUGGCCGUCUCAACUUUGACGAAAAGCAAUGUUGCAGGAACCGAGGUAGAAAAUCUGAUAAAAUUGAUCAGCGAUAAAACAUCGAAGAUAUCCGCAUACAUUGAAGCAAAACAGCUUAAAACCGCAUAUUUCUUGGCUGUGAAAUAUAAAAGAAUUUCGGAUGUUCGGAGGAUACUGAGAGAAGCGGAACUUACAAAUCAAGCGAACAUUAAAACUCUAUGCCACAAAUUUUUACAGAGUUUUUCUCAUUCAACUGAUUCGGCUAGUGAAAAUUAAAUGUUUAAGGAAUAUUUGUUGUGAUAUUUACUUGUAAGUCGGGAUUAUCCAACUUUUUGUUCUGAGUCAUAUUAUUUACAAAUAUAUAUUUUUAUUUUCUCUAUCAAUUUAAAAAGAAGCCGAGGUUGUAGUCAGUAGUUUCCAUAACUUUUAACUUGCAAGAAUUAAGAAGAAAUAUAAUUAAAACAAUCAGUUCAAAAUACCAUGUUGGUUAAUCGCGGCUCAACUGAGUUACUAUAAUUCUUAUGUUGUUUAUUGUUCUCACAUCUCUUAUAUUGUAAAUAAAUUAUAUAUUUAUACAUA